AUGCUACUGGUGCUGCUACUGCUGCCACCCCUGCUCUGUGGGAGAGUGGGGGCUAAGGAACAGAAGGAUUACCUGCUGACGAUGCAGAAGUCCGUGACGGUGCAGGAGGGCCUGUGUGUCUCUGUGCUUUGCUCCUUCUCCUACCCCCAAAAUGGCUGGACUGACUCCGAUCCAGUUCAUGGCUACUGGUUCCGGGCAGGGGACCACGUAAGCCGGAACGUUCCAGUGGCCACAAACAACCCAGCUCGAGCAGUGCAGGAGGAGACUCGGGACCGAUUCCACCUCCUUGGGGACCCACAGAACAAGGAUUGUACCCUGAGCAUCAGAGACACCAGAGAGAGUGAUGCAGGGACAUACGUCUUUCGUGUAGAGAGAGGAAAUAUGAAAUGGAAUUAUAAAUAUGACCAGCUCUCUGUGAAUGUGACAGCGUCCCAGGACCUACUGUCAAGAUACAGGCUGGAGGUGCCAGAGUCGGUGACUGUGCAGGAGGGUCUGUGUGUCUCUGUGCCCUGCAGUGUCCUUUACCCCCAUUACAACUGGACUGCCUCUAGCCCUGUUUAUGGAUCGUGGUUCAAGGAAGGGGCCGAUAUACCAUGGGAUAUUCCAGUGGCCACAAACACCCCAGGUGGAAAAGUGCAAGAGGAUACCCAGGGUCGAUUCCUCCUCCUUGGGGGCCCACAGACCAACAACUGCUCCCUGAGCAUCAGAGAUGCCAGGAAGGGAGAUUCAGGGAAGUACUACUUCCAGGUGGAGAGAGGAAGCAGGAAAUGGAACUACAUAUAUGACAAGCUCUCUGUGCAUGUGACAGCCCUGACUCACAUGCCCACCUUCUCCAUCCCGGGGACCCUGGAGUCUGGCCACCCCAGGAACCUGACCUGCUCUGUGCCCUGGGCCUGUGAACAGGGGACGCCCCCCACAAUCACCUGGAUGGGGGCCUCCGUGUCCUCCCUGGACCCCACUAUCACUCGUUCCUGGGUGCUCAGCCUCAUCCCAAAGCCCCAGGACCAUGGCACCAGCCUCACCUGUCAGGUGACCUUGCCUGGGGCUGGCGUGACCACGACCAGGGCUGUCCGACUCAACAUAUCCUAUCCUCCUCAGAACUUGACCAUGACUGUCUUCCAAGGAGAUGGCACAGCAUCCACAACCUUGAGGAAUGGCUCAGCCCUUUCAGUCCUGGAGGGCCAGUCCCUGCACCUUGUCUGUGCUGUCGACAGCAAUCCCCCUGCCAGGCUGAGCUGGACCUGGGGGAGCCUGACCCUGAGCCCCUCACAGUCCUCGAACCUUGGGGUGCUGGAGCUGCCUCGAGUGCAUGUGAAGGAUGAAGGGGAAUUCACCUGCCAAGCUCAGAACCCUCUAGGCUCCCAGCACAUUUCCCUGAGCCUCUCCCUGCAAAACGAGUACACAGGCAAAAUGAGGCCUAUAUCAGGAGUGACGCUAGGGGCGGUCGGGGGAGCUGGAGCCACAGCCCUGGUCUUCCUGUCCUUCUGCAUCAUCUUCGUUGUAGUGAGGUCCUGCAGGAAGCAAUCGGCAAGGCCAGCAGUGGGCGUGGGGGAUACAGACAUGGAGGACGCAAACGCUGUCAGGGGCUCAGCCUCUCAGGGACCCCUGAUUGAAUCCCCGGCAGAUGACAGCCCCCCACACCAUGCUCCGCCAGCCCUGGCCACCCCCUCCCCAGAGGAAGGAGAGAUCCAGUAUGCAUCCCUCAGCUUCCACAAAGCGAGGCCUCAGUACCCCCAGGAACAGGAGGCCAUCGGCUAUGAGUACUCCGAGAUCAACAUCCCCAAGUGAGAAACUGCAGAGACUCAGGCCUGUUUGAGGGCUCACGACCCCUCCAGCAAAGAAGCCCGAGGCUGAUUCCUUUAGAAUUAACAGCCCUCCAUGCUGUGCAACAGGACAUCAGAGCUUAUUGCUCCUGUCUAACUGAAAAUGUGUGCCUGAUGACCAAACUCUCCCUUUCUCCAUCCAAUCGGUCCACACUCCCCGCCCCGGCCUCUGGUACCCACCAUUCUCUUCUCUACUUCUCUGAGGUCGACUAUUUUAGGUUCCAAAUAUAGUGAGAUCGUAGAGUGUUUGUCUCUCUGUACCUGGCUUAUUUCACUCAACAUAAUGUUCUCUAGGUUCAUCCGUGUUGUUUCAAGUAACAGAAUAAUGUAUUGAAUAUUUCAAAAUGGCUAAAAGAGAGGAGUUUAAAUGUUGUCACC